CCUGGAUCCACAUGUGAAGCGAUAAACUGACAUGUGAGUGCUUCCUGUUCCGGGUGGGCGGAGCCUAUACCGUCUCGUGUUGUCAUCACAGAUAGGUGCUGGAUGGGUAUCGCUAUGGUCCGUGUGUUGCUCCAGUCUGGAGGCUGAGACUGAAAGUGGGAGAUGGUGACUCUCACAGCCCGUGUUUAUUAUUUUAUUUUUUAUUUUUUUUAACCGUGUGUAAGGAUAUUUAUCCUGACCAGCCGCGAGGACGGGACGCCGCUCACCUUUUAAGCUGUUCGUCCACGUCGGUGUCAUGCUGUAAGAGAAGUCGGCGCUCUCCAGACCCUCGUCCUUGACACACAAAGGGCGCUCGGCCCGAUGUGACGCCACCUGCCCUCUAUGAGUUAUGAUGACGGCUGCUUCUGUAACUCGAGAAAAGGGAUCCCUCUCCACUUGCCAGUUAGCAGGCCGCACGAUGCGAUGAGGACUCUUCCUGAAGGUCCGCUCCUCGAAGAGUCCGCCGGCAGGAUAUGAGUAUUUUGAGCCCUGUGGCCGAUAACAAAUCAACCCUUGUGGGACUGGUGGGAGGUCCAGAAGAGUACUCCAGAGCCAUGCAGUCGGAGGAGCUGUUCAGCAGGAAACUCAAGGCCUUGAAUGGAAGUAUGGGACCGCCGGCCUCAAGUAUGCAGGUGAAAUCUGACGGCGCUGGCAAAACAAAUGGUACUCCAGCCAUGCCUAAAAUGGGCGUCAGGGCCAGAGUGACAGAGUGGCCGCCGAGGAAAGACGCAUGGGAUGGACGGCCUUCGCCGAACUACCAGAGCAUGAUCCCGGUUUUUCAGAACGGACAGCAGGAACACACUGUGGAACUACUCGAGCAAGGCGAAGAGGUCUGCGUGGAGGUGGACUACUCUGACAAAUACACGCUGAGCGACCUGCUCGGCCAGUCCCCUCUGAAAGGCCUCCACCCCAUCCGCCAGCGCAGCAACAGCGACGUCACCAUCAGCGACAUCGACUCGGAGGACGUAAUGGACCAGAACGCCGUCAACCCAAACACGGGGGCRUCUCUGCACCGAGAGUACGGCAGCACGUCCUCCAUCGACCGCCAGGGCCUUACCGGAGACGGCUUCUUCACCAUGCUGAGGGGCUACCGAGUGGAGAGCUUGGACCAUCGUAGCAUUCCGCCCCUGGGCUUUCCGGAGCUGCUGCGCUGCGACGCCGCCUUGUCUCCGAGCUUGCAGACGGCAGCGCAAAUCGCCAGGGGUGAGAUCGUCCACAUUCCAGGUUACGACUACAUGGACAGUUCUGUCUUUUACAGCCGGGAGCAGGAGAAGUCGUUCAUGAGGCGUCUGAAGUCGGAGUCAACGGAAACGUCUCUGUUCAGGAAACUGAGGACCAUUAAGAGCGAGAGCGACGCUCUGCGGCUCUCCAUGGAGGACGACCGGCGGCCGCUCAGCUUUCAGAAGUGUUUUGCGCACUACGACGUCCAGAGUGUGCUCUUUAACAUCAGCGAAGCGGUGGCCAGCAGGGCUAACCUGAGCCAGAGGAAAAACACCACCACCGGAGCUUCAGCCGCCUCGGCUGGAAUCGGGGCCGGCGGAGUGCUGGGAGGCGGGACGGGGCUCGGACCUGGAGCGGAGGCAAACACUCCCCUGUUCGAGUCUCCACUCGGAAGCAGGGAGGACCUGAACCCCAAGGAGAACCUGGAUGCAGAUGAGGGGGACGGGAAGAGCAACAACAUGGUGCUGAGCUGCUCGUACUUUCGCAACGAGAUUGGCGGCGAGGGCGAGAGGAAGAUCUCCCUCUCCAGAGCCAACAGUGCCAACUACAGCGGCGUUUCAGAGAGCUGCUCGUUUGAGUCCUCUCUAAGUUCCCAUUGCACCAACGCAGGAGUUUCUGUCCUGGAGGUGCCUCGAGAAAGCCAGCCCAUCCACCGGGAGAAGGUCAAACGCUACAUCAUCGAGCACAUCGAUCUCGGAGCGUACUACUACCACAAAUUCUUCUACGGGAAAGAGCACCAAAACUAUUUCGGUUUCGACGACAAUCUGGGUCCUGUGGCCGUGAGCAUCCGCAGGGAGAAACUGGACGAGGGGAAGGAGAAAGAGGGGAUGCAGUACAACUACCGGAUCACCUUCAGAACCAGCCAGUUGACCACCCUUCGAGGAGCCAUCCUGGAGGACGCCAUUCCGUCCACGGCGAGACACGGGACGGCCCGUGGGCUGCCGCUGAAGGAGGUGCUGGAAUACGUCAUCCCUGAGCUGAACAUCCAGUGUCUGAGGCUGGCCAUCAACUCCCCCAAAGUCCCAGAGCAGCUCCUGAAACUGGACGAGCAGGGGCUGAGCUUCCAGCACAAGGUGGGGGUGCUUUACUGUAAGACGGGCCAGAGCACGGAGGAGGAAAUGUACAACAAUGAAAGUGGCGGUCCGGCGCUGGAGGAGUUCUUGGAUCUGCUCGGUCAGAGGGUGCGGCUCAAAGGCUUCACCAAAUACAGAGCUCAGCUGGAUAACAAAACCGACUCUACAGGAACUCACUCUCUGUACACCACCUACAAGGACUACGAGCUGAUGUUCCACGUGUCCACCAUGCUGCCCUACACGCCCAACAACCGACAGCAGUUAUUAAGAAAGAGGCACAUCGGCAACGACAUCGUCACCAUCGUGUUCCAGGAGCCGGGGGCGCUUCCUUUCACCCCCAAAAACAUUCGCUCUCAUUUCCAACACGUGUUUGUCAUCGUCAAAGUCCACAACCCCUGCACUGAGAACGUCUGCUACAGCGUGGCUGUUUCCAGAUCCAAGGACGUCCCUCCGUUUGGACCUCCCAUUCCCAAGUCUGUAACCUUCCCAAAGUCUGCAGUUUUCAGGGACUUCCUGCUCGCCAAGGUCAUCAACGGCGAGAACGCCGCCCACAAAUCGGAGAAGUUCCGGGCCAUGGCGACCCGCACGCGGCAGGAGUACCUGAAGGACCUGGCGGAGAACUUCGUGAGCACAGCCACCGUCGACUCGACCGUCAAAUUCAGCUUCAUCACGCUCGGCGCCAAGAAGAAGGAGAAGGUCAAGCCCCGGAAGGACGCGCACCUGUUAAGUGUCGGCGCCAUCACCUGGAGCGUGUGCGCCCGGGACUUCGGCCAGUCCAUGGACGUGGACAGCCUGCUCGGCAUAUCCAACGAGUUCAUCGUGCUCAUCGAGGAGGAGUCCAAAAACGUGACGUUCAACUGCUCGUGCCGCGACGUCAUCGGCUGGACCUCAGGGAUUAUGAGCAUCAAGAUCUUCUACGAGCGAGGCGAGUGCAUCAUGCUGUCCGCCCACGACAACUGCGGAGAAGACAUCCGAGAGAUGGUGCAAAGACUCGAGAUCGCCACCAGAGGCUGCGAGACGACCGAGAUGACCCUGCGCCGGAACAGCCUCGGGCAGCUCGGCUUCCACGUCAACUUCGAGGGCAUCGUGGCCGACGUGGAGCCCUUCGGCUUCGCCUGGAAGGCGGGGCUGAGGCAGGGCAGCCGGCUGGUGGAGAUCUGCAAGGUGGCCGUYGCCACGCUCACCCACGAGCAGAUGAUCGACCUGCUGCGGACCUCCGUCACCGUGAAGGUGGUCAUCAUCCAGCCUCACGAAGACGGCACUCCUCGAAGAGGCUGCUCCGAGCUUUACCGGAUACCAAUGGUGGAGUACAAGGUGGACAGCGAGGGUACGCCCUGCGAGUACAAGACCCCCUUCAGGAGAAACACGACCUGGCAUCGGGUGCCCACAGCCGCCGGUGCGCCUCUGUCCCGCGGCUCGCCCACUCAGGGUCCGGACCGGCUGCAGUGCCAGCAGAUCCUCCAGCAGCACCAGGCGGCCAUCCCUCGAAGCACCUCCUUCGACAGGAAGCUGCCAGACGGCUCCAGGAUGAUGCAGGACAUGGAGAACCCUCAGGUCACCAUAUGUAACAAGGGGGACCAGCACUACCGCAGUUCCCCGUCUAACCAGUCGUCCUCCAGUGAUCCAGGACCGUGUGGMAGCAGCAGCUGGUCCCAGCAGCCUGGAUACGAUGGGUGUCCGUCUCCGAUCCUGCAUGAGAGGACGGGGGACAUCCAGGGAGGGGACGGAGACAUCCACAGGGAGAGAGAGCCCACUCUGGAAAGAACGAGAUCUGCAGAGGCGAAGUGGCACAUCCCCUCCACCAAGAUCCUGAACCCCCUGAAACAAAGAGACGGAGGCAAAGACUCGCCCAACAAGCUGUCCAGGACGGGGGAUAAAAACUCCAGCCACUCGAGCAGCAACACUCUGUCCAGCAACGCCUCCAGCAACAGYGACGACAAGCACUUCGGCUCCGGGGACCUGAUGGACCCGGAGCUGCUGGGCCUCACCUACAUCAAGGGGGCCUCCACGGACAGCGGCAUCGACACCAAUCCCUGCGCGCCCCCCGGAGCGCGGGUGCUGCUGCAGGGCAGGGCGGGGGAGCAGGGACACGCCUGGGUCUCGGAGCACCACGAGGACGGGCUGACGGAGGACGACCACGGGAAGCUGUACCUGCAGCAGAGCUUCCCUUCGGCCAUUUUGUCCGGUCACGUGACCGAGGGCAGCAUCGGAGACCUGAGCGAGAUCUCCUCACACUCCAGUGGCUCGCACCACUCUGGCAGUCCCCUGGCCCGCGGUGCCAGGUACUGUGUGUCCGCCGACGCCUCCAAGGUGUACACCAUCCCCCAGGCCAGCGGCUCGGGGCCGGAGCUGGGGCCCGGGCCCAGCUCGGGGGCCUGCGGACAGACACAAACACAGUCCGGUUGCAUGUUCGCCGCGGGCGUGAAGACGACCGAUGGUGGCGACGGCUCUGAUGGACCCCCCAACAUUUCAGAGUGUGGAGGAGCCGAGAGCUUGUUAGCCUUUCUUCUCAAUAUGCUGUCUGAGCGUUCCAGGCAGCUGUAUGCCCAAGAGGCUGCCUGCCGGCUCCAGGUUGCUGACCGAGAUGGAAAGUCACUGCAGCGACUUUCAAAAGAAGAAUUUCGUAAGAUGAUGCUGCCCGACAGCCCACCGAGAGAAGACAGGAAUCGGAAGGUGUUGGCGGCGGGCGGUUUGUCUCCGAGACGCUCGCUGUACCGAACGCUGUCGGACGAGAGCGUGUGCAGCAACCGUAAGGCCUCAUCACACGCCAGCUCCCACAGCUCCAUGCUGGACCAGGCCGUGCCCAACGACAUCCUGUUCAGCACCACCCCGCCGUACCACAGCACGCUGCCCCCCCGCAUGGUCCACAACCAGGGAGGGUCCAACCUACGGAGUGAGUUUUGGUUCUCUGACGGCUCCUUGGCGGACAGGUCCAAGUUCAGCGACCCAGGCCUCAUGCCCCUCCCAGACCCUGCCUCAGGCCUGGACUGGACCCACCUGGUUGAUGCAGCUCGAGCCUUUGAAGACCAGCGCGUGGCGUCUUUCUGCACCAUGACGGACAUGCAGCGGGUCGAGGCGCUGCACAUCUCCAGAGAGCUGACCAGACGGGUGGCCGAGGCCGAGGGGGCGGCGCUGGAAGCAGACAGCGGUUCUCCGUCCACUCUGACCGGUAAAGUCAACCAGCUGGAGGUGAUCCUCAGGCAGCUGCAGCACGACCUCAGAAAGGAGAAGGAGGACAAGGCCAUGCUGCAGGAGGAGGUGCAGCACCUGAGGCAGGACAACAUGCGGCUGCAGGAGGAGAGCCAGACGGCCGCGGCUCAGCUCAGGAAGUUCACCGAGUGGUUCUUUCACACCAUCGACAAGAAACCCUGAGACCCGGGACGCUGCCGUUAAACMCCCCCCCCCCUCCCCCCACGACAAGUAAAACAAUCUUAAAAUGAAACUUUUACCAAGAGUAUUACAGACUCUGCACUGUGUGAGAGACCCGGACCGUCCUCCUCUCAAGCUGAAGGCUGGUCUUUUCCCGUCUCGUUGGACAGAAAUUGAGAGAGACGUCCCUCUCAGGGGGCCUCCCCUCCCCCCCGAGCCCCUCUGGAUCUUCUUACAGUAGUGGAAUGUAAAGCUCAUUCACUGUAGUCAACAUUUAACCUACCUACCCAUAAACCCGUGGGUCUGCUGUACCGUCUGCUGAGCUGUACGUCACUGCGCACACCGUCACCCAGCUGUUCACAGGGAGGGGGGCGGAGGAGGAAUGUACUCCACUAAAUGAAGUGACACUUACUGUCUGAUUGCACCGAGGGGACGCCACAUGUGGUGGGCUCGAGGCGGAGGGGGGAGGGAGGGGAUGAAUGUAGCUCAACUGAGAUCCUUCUUUUCCCUCUCUGAGGUUCUAGUUCCCAAAGUUAGAAACUCGUUUGAUGUUUUUUAAGGUUUUUUUUGUUUGUUUGUUUUUUGAAGCCGGGGCUCACGCUGCUCCACUUUUUUGCCGCAGAAAUCUGAUCGUUUUCAGUCCAAAAUGUGAGGAAAAUACGGAUUGUUGCUUUUCGUUUUUGUUUACAUUUUACACAAUGUUUUGUUACAAUGACUUUAUUCAGGUUUGAGAUUAUACAGGGUGAGUCAAAAGUAUCUGGACACCCUUUUUAUUCGAGAAACGGGAAGGAAAUUGAAAUAUCUGAACAAGUAAUGGGUGAGGGGGUCUUUCUUUUAGGCUAUGCCCGGAUAAUGGCCGCCAUCUUAAAA